AUGUCCAACUCAUACCAGUGUCCUUCGUGCGGCAAAGACAACUUCAAAGACCACGGCGCUGUUGCCCGACACAUGAGUCAGCCUCGCUCUGGCUGUAGUACUUGGCUACAGGAUCUCAUUUGUUUGCGUUCAGCGUCCGUCCGUACCGCAGACUCAGACUCCAUGGAUGUCGACCACGCACCAAAUAUUCCUGAUGUUGACCAGGAGCUUGAUGGGGCUGGAUUUGGAGACUGGGAUGGGGUAUUUCAGGGUAGAAGUGAUGAGGGUGAUGAUCAAGUCCACGAGGAGGUGACACCGACUGACUCAGACUUCAUCGACUGGCAUCCCAAACCCCCUCAAACAUAUGGCAGGGGUCACACUUUCCUCGACUCGUUUCGUUCUGACGCGAACAACACAUAUCGCAAAGAAAAUCACUAUUACCCAUUUAGCGGCCGGAAAGAUUGGGAGGUUGCAUUGUGGUUACUGCGUUCGGGGUUGAGCAUGGUGAAGGUCAACAGCUUUCUUUCACUCGAGAUGAUCAAGAGUCUUCCAUUAUCUUUUCGUUCAGCCAAGGAACUACGCGGUCGAGCGGAAAUGCUGCCUGGCGGUCCACCCUGGAUGUCCCAAGUAAUCCCUACUGUACAUCCGACAAAAUCACCUGUCAUUUUGUAUUGGCGUGAUCCCCUGGAAUGUAUCGCGAGCCUCUUAAAUCACCCUUUCUUUCAUGAUCGAAUGGAUUUUACGCCUCGCAGGGUGUAUGCUACUGCGCAGCGACUGUGCCGCAUAUACUCUGAAUGGAUGACUGGUGAUGACGCCUGGAACAUGCAGUCAGCCCUCCCGAGAGGUGCAACACUCCUUGGGACAAUUUUGUCAUCUGACAAGACCAAUAUCUCUAUGAUGACCGGUGACAGAGUCGCACAUCCCCUCCUCAUCAGCCUCGCCAAUAUACACAUGUCUACACGACUCAAAUCGUCAUCUAACGCCUUCGUUCUUACUGCCCUCCUCCCUGUGCCGAAGUUUAUUCACAAAAAAAAAUGUAUGCGAGGCAUACUCGAGGAUCGGCUAAUCCAUGAAUGCUUGAACAUCGUGCUACGUCCCCUCAAACAGGCCGCUCGUGAAGGAGUUAUGUUAUCCGAUCCUAUCGGGCACAACCCUUUCCGCCACGAGCCUCGCACAAAAUCAACUACACUUGCCCAGCUGCGCGUCGCCCGAGUAAGGGCUGAUCCCGACGAUAUUGAAGCAUUCUUUCGUGAAGCUCAGAAGUUUCGUUUGAAUGGUGUAUCCGACCCUUUCUUUGCGGACUGGAUCCUUUCUGAACCAUCCCAUUUUCUCACUCCCGAAACUCUCCACCACAUUCAUCGGGAGUUUUAUGAUCACGAUGUGAAAUGGCUCGUUUGUGCAGUCGGGGACGUAGAGCUUGAUUUUCGCUUUUCUGUGUUGCAGCCCAUCACGGGGUUUCGCCAUUUUCACGGGGGCAUUUCGAAGCUCAAACAGGUCACAGGAUGUGCUCAGCCUGCAGAUGCGGCACCUAGUGCCGUGAUCACUGCCAUCCGAGCUUUGAUGGACUUUCGCUAUCUCGUGCAGUCACCUCGGAUUGACAACAAUGUUCUCGGAUGCAUCUCUGCAGCACUCAAUGAAUUUCACGCCAACAAACACGCAAUCAUAGCUGGUGGAUUUCGUCGCGGUCAGCGUAAUAGAGUCAUCGAUAACUGGUUUAUCCCGAAGAUUGAGCUUAUGCAGAGUAUAGUUCCAAGUAUUCGAAACAGUGGAGUUAUCAUGCAAUGGACCGCUGACACUACAGAACACGCAUACAUCACUGAAAUCAAAGAUCCCGCACGCUCGAGCAACAAUAACAAUUACGAUUCACAAAUCUGUCAUCAUCUGGACCGCGCUGAUAAAUGUUGUCGCUUCGACCUCGCAACGAGUCUGCUGGAAAACAUCCCAGGCUCAAAUCAGCGGACUACAGAUCAUGGUGAUUCUGAUUCUGAUGAUGUCGACUUCGAUGUCGACAAUGAUGACGAUGAUGACAUCCCAGCAGAACUUCUUGCGACCAUCACAUCUCCUGGCCAUUCACGCCCCAUCACCAAUCACUUUGCAAUUGCGAAGCUCCUCCAGGACAGGGAGGUGGGGACGGUUCCCAUGCCAUUGUGCUCAUUCUCUGUCGGACGUACAUCAUUUCAUCUUGCCCAUGUCCCAUCCAUUAGAUCCAUUUCUGUUGACGACACAGCUCUCAAGUUUGAUGUUCCAGACCUGCGACCAGCCAUUGCUGACUUUCUUAGUCGCGAAGCUGCUCAUGGGCAGGAUUACGUUCAUACUAUUGGGGGGGCUAGGAGAGCUAAACCCACCGCUUCACUUCCAUUCGAAAAGCUCCAGGUCUGGUUCAAGCUUCGAUUGCAGGAUACGGAUCUUCAUGAUAUCAGUGUCGUGCGGCCUGCUCAGACCCUGAAUUGUUCACCACCUUCUGGUGUCUGGACUUGCGGCCGGUAUGAUCCGGUCAUUGUAAACGACAAUGCGAGAUGCUCAUGGCCUGCUGAUGGUCUUCAUGGUACGUUUUUCUCUCCUCCCGUGCUUAUUAUUCUCAUUAUUAAAUCUCAGGGCACACCAGACCGCUUCCUCACCUACGUCUAUCGCUUCGACAUCAUUCCACAAGGUGGAAGUAAUUGUGAACCGAGUACUCAAAUGCACAUACUUAAACGAGCGAAGCGCUCAAAUGGUACUCGGGUGGGUGAUGUCGUACCAGUUACGCAGCUCAGGGCACCUGUCAACCUUGUACCUCGCUUUGGUGCAAGUGCGGACAAUCGUCUCACCCAAUAUAACAGUAUGGAACAUGCUUCAGAAUUUUGGCUCAAUAAAUACUGGGACAAAAACACAUUCUUCCCUCUUUCCAUGUAG